GGGCAUGUACAUUCAGCAUCCUGUUUUCCCGUACCACAAGUAUAUAAAGGUCUGGUGAAUCACAAAAGCGACAUUCAAAUCGUUUAUUCUCUCGUGGAUAAACGUAACAGGCAGGAUGCGUAUUCUUAACGUUGCAGUUGUCGUAGUCUUGGUCUUCCUUGGCUCCGUCUUUGGUGGCCAUGGUGGUGGUGGCCAUGGAGGCGGAGGCCAUGGUGGUGGUGGUGGCCAUGGAGGUGGAGGCCAUGGUGGUGGUGGCCAUGGAGGUGGAGGCCAUGGUGGUGGUGGCCAUGGAGGUGGAGGCCACGGUGGUGGUCAUGGAGGCGGCGGCCAUGGUGGUGGUCAUGGAGGCGGCGGCCAUGGUGGUGGUCAUGGAGGUGGCGGCCAUGGAGGAGGCCACGGAGGAGGUGGUCACGGAGGAGGUGGCGGCCAUGGAGGAGGCCACGGAGGAGGUGGUCACGGAGGAGGUGGCCAUGGAGGAGGUGGUCAUGGAGGAGGCGGACACCAUGGUUGAAAGAUCCAAGGAUCAUAAUAUUCACAUCAAAUGCUGGACAUUUGAUAUCACAUUUGUGGAUUUCACUUACCAUGCUGCAUCCAACCAAUCUGUAUAUUCCUCAACAAGUACAAAUAAAGCUGUGAUUUAUACUGUAAUGAUUUCUUUGCUUUAAUAUUUUUCAAGUACAAUCCUAAUUCAGGACUUACUUUUGAACCAUGCGAGUGAAUGGUUAGGUGGCGUCCACCUAACUUAUAUUUUAAACCGUCCAAUCGAAAGGUGACACACGUGUGUCAGUGCAAUCAUGCACUGAAGAUAACAACA